CCUGGGUCAAGCGCCCCUCAUCAAGAUUUUCCAUGGGCCGAAAAACUGUCUCACACACAAAACCGACGCUGUGGCCCGGGGUACUAGGUGUACACAGUGGAAGUUCUCCUCUGCAAACAAUCCUGUAACUCGCCUGCCUUACUUUUUUCUACCCCUCUCUUUUCCUCGUUGCUUCGCAGUCCAUUCCCACGCCCUGGCAAUUUGCUGCUGCAACUAGUCGCAAACAAUGGCUUCGUCCGAGGUACUCACCAGCAUCCCGAUCACCUCUCUUCCUCGGAUAUCGCAGGGCAAAGUCAGGGACCUCUUCUCCCUCCCCGACAGCGGAAAACCCAAGCUGCUUUUCGUGACUUCGGACCGUAUCAGCGCCUAUGACGUCAUUCUCAAGAAUGGCAUUCCAACCAAGGGCGCCAUCCUAACCCUGAUAUCGGCCAAAUGGUUCGACGCCCUCUCCUCUCGCGUUCCGGGCUUGAAGCAUCAUUUCCUGCACCUCGGUCCGCCUCCGUCGUCCGGCCUUCUCGCCCCGGAUGAGGAGAAGCUGCUUCGUGGCCGUUCCAUGACUGUCCGCCGCUUGAAGGUCUUUCCCAUCGAAGCUAUUGUCCGCGGCUACGUUACGGGCAGCGCCUGGGCAGAGUACGAGAAGACGCAGACGAUCCACGGCCUGCCGCAGCCCGCCGGGCUCGCCCGCUGCCAGCGCCUCCCGCAGCCCAUCUACACGCCCUCCACCAAGGCCGAGCUCGGCGACAAGGACGUCAACAUCUCGCCCGACGAGGCCAGGAAGAUCGUCGGCGACAAGUACGCCUCGCGCAUCGAGGAGCUCGCCCUGGCCUGCUACAAAGCCGGCGCCGCCUACGCCGAGGAGCGCGGCAUCAUCAUCGCGGACACCAAGUUCGAGUUCGGUCUGGACGAAGAGACCGAUGAGAUCUAUCUCGUCGACGAGGUCUUGACGCCCGACUCCUCUCGUUUCUGGAGCAAGGCCGACUACCAAGUCGGCCGCGAACAGGAUUCCUUCGACAAGCAGGUGCUCCGGAACUGGCUGACCGACAACGGCCUGAAAGGAAAGCCGGAUGUCGAGAUGCCGCCCGAGGUCGUCGAGAAGACCAAGGCGCGCUACACUGAGGUCUUUGAGCGUCUGACGGGGAACAGCCUGGAGGAAGCCCUGAGCAAGUUGAGUGCUUAGCCUAGGCCCUUGGGCUUUACGGCGAGGGCCGUUCCGUGCUAGGGAGCUCCCUCCUGCGUCCAUACUUGGAUUACUUGGCUUUUUAGACUGGCAAUGCGCAAAUCCACAGAAAAUAUGGGGUCGGUGUAAGAGCAAGAGAGCGGAGGUCGAAUUGUUGGCCUCGUGGAUAUUUGAAGAGCUGCGUCCAUUCCGAAACUGACAUCCAGGGGUCCGAGGCUGUGUUGAUACGGCUGCCGGGACAACACGCAACACGUUGGUGAGCGAGGACCGCC